UAGGUAGGUGCGCAUAUGUUAGCUGUUUGAAUUUGACCCUUUUGCCAGGAACUUCCCACCCAUCACAUUUGCAGCCUCCUGCCGUUUGGUGUCGCUACAGCUGCGGAUCGUCUCUUUCUCGACAUCCGCCUGCAGGUUUAAACUUCCACCGGAAGUCAUCUCGUCCUCUUCUACCAGGCCGAUCCAACAUGGGACGAGUCAGGACCAAGACGGUGAAGAAGGCCGCCAGGGUCAUCAUCGAGAAAUACUACACCCGACUGGGAAAUGACUUCCACACCAACAAGAGGGUGUGCGAGGAGAUCGCCAUCAUCCCGAGCAAGAAGCUACGCAACAAGAUUGCCGGGUAUGUGACACAUCUGAUGAAGAGGAUCCAGAGAGGUCCAGUCAGAGGAAUUUCCAUCAAGCUGCAGGAGGAGGAGAGGGAGAGGAGGGACAACUAUGUCCCAGAGGUGUCUGCUCUGGACCAGGAGCUGAUUGAAGUGGAUCCUGACACCAAGGAGAUGCUGAAGCUGCUGGACUUCGGCAGUCUGUCCAACCUGCAGGUCACCCAGCCCCCCGUCGGCAUGAACUUCAAGCAGCCUCGAGGAGUCUAGACAUCUGUAAAGUUUCUUCCUAAUAAAAACCCUUUGGGACAAAA